AUGGAGUCAGCCUUCAAGUCGAGUGUAGAAUCAGGCAAGAUUCCGGGUGCUGUGGUGAUUGCGAAGGACGUGACCGGCAAAAUUGACUAUGUCCGCUCCUUCGGAGCCAGGUCCGUCCGGCCGGAUGAGAACGGGGCGUUGCCCCCGAUGCAAGCAGACACAAUCAUGAGAAUGGGUCAGGCUAGCGUGCUCGUCGGCACGGUCAUGGCGCUGCAGUGCGUCGAGCGCGGUCUCAUUGGCUUAGAUGAGAGCGUGGAAAAGUACCUCCCCGACCUGACCAGCAUGAAGGUCUUGGCUGGCUUUGAUGCUGAGGACACCUCGGGCAUCUCACACGUGCCUAUCAGCCCUCUCCUGCGUGAGUACUGCGCCAAGGGGUACUCAACGUACCCGUUGCCUAUCGGUGGUGAGACCGACAUUCCCGACCCGUUGGCCGCGCCCCCCGUCGGCGACCCGGGCGCCGAGUGGGUCCACGGCACCAACAUCGACUGGGCCGGUAAGCUGGUCGAGCGCGCAACGGGAAUGGACCUGGAGAGCUACAUGCAGCAAAACAUCUGCGCGCCGCUGGGCAUCACCGACAUCACGUUCAAGCUCCACCAGCGGCCCGACAUGCUCGCGAGACGGGCGGACCUAACGAAGCGCAGCCCCGAGGACGGCAAGUUGUACUACGACGACACCAUCUUCUUCCGCAAGUUCCCGGACGAGUGUUAUGCCGGCUCGGGUAUGUUCGCCAGCCCGGCCGCCUUCAUGGCCGUGAUGCACUCCCUUCUGAAGCGCGACGGCGUCCUCCUGAAGCCCGAAACAGUUGACCAGAUGUUUGUGCCUGCGCUCAACGAGAAGAUGGAGCGCGGGAUGAAUGAGCACUUCAACAAGGUCAUCCGCUUUAUCAACUAUGGCUAUCCGCUGCCGCAGUGGCCUACUCUGCGCCGCAACUUCGGAUUCGGAGCCAUUGUAAUCAUGCAGGAUCUGGACGGAGACAAGUGGCGCCGUAAGGGGUCUAUGUCCAUCAACUGCGGAUGGAACGUUGGACUGGUUUGGAAGGCUUACAUCGACGAACAGCAAAUCGACCCUGCAGCGGGACUGUGCACCAUCGUGGCAUUCCAGACUUCGCCAUACAGCACUCCUAUCGAAGAGGGGCUUGUACACACCUUUGAGAAGGCUAUGUAUUCGUUGCUGUGA